AUGGCUUAUUUUGAUCCUAGCAAGCGCACGAUUGCCACGUUUGAUGCAAGCCCCUUCGGACUGGGUGCCGUGCUAACGCAAGUUGACGCAGACGGACAGGAACGCUCUGUUGCAUAUGCAAGUCGUACGCUUAGCGAUGUAGAACGACGAUACUCGCAGACCGAACGUGAAGCACUAGCCAUCGUUUGGGGUUGUGAGCGGUUUCAUUUAUACCUCUAUGGUUCUCAGUUUGAAAUCGUCACAGACCACAAGCCACUUGAAACCAUUUUUAACAAUCCCGCCUCUAACCCUCCAGCCCGCAUCCAACGCUGGGCUUUGAGACUUCAACCGUACACCUUCACCGUGAAAUACAGGCCCGGACCGCUGAACAUUGCUGAUUAUCUAUCACGCCAUCCUUCGCGUUCCCAGACAACGAGAGAGCGGAAGAUUGCUGAAGAGUAUGUGAAUUAUCUGGUCGGCCAUGCUAUACCCAAAGCUAUGACUCUAGAAGAAGUUAACAGUGCAUCAAAAGCUGACCCUAUUUUCCAACGCCUUCGUCAGGCAAUUACCACGGACGUUUGGCCAAACAAUGAUCCUGACCUUACCCCAUUCAACAAAGUCAAGUUCGAGCUCACUGUUGCAACGGAUUCCGACAUCAUCCUUCGGGGAACACGCGUAGUCCUCCCAAAAUGUCUUCAAUUGCGAGCAGUCAAACUUGCGCACGAGUCCCACCAAGGCAUUGUAAAAACAAAGCAGCUCCUUCGAGAAAAGGUAUGGUACCCUGGCAUUGACAAGGACGUCAAGACAGAGAUCGAUGAUUGCAUCCCAUGUCAAGCAACAAGCCAAAAUGUGACACCAGAACCCCUCCAAAUGACGACCUUACCAACGGCGCCGUGGAGCCAAGUUUCAACCGAUUUUUGUGGCCCUUUCCCAUCCGGUGACUACUUGCUAGUUGUCAUUGACGAUUACUCUCGGUAUCCGGAGGUGGAAGUUCUUCGAUCUACCUCCGCUGAAGCGACUAUUCCGAAGUUAGAUAGAAUCUUUGCUACGCAUGGGAUUCCGGAUGUUAUGAAGUCUGAUAACGGCCCCCCAUUUAGUGGUCACGAAUUCGCCAAGUAUGCUAAAGAGAAAGGUUUUCAACACCGUAGAAUUACACCACUAUGGCCAGCUGCUAACGGCGAAGCUGAACGUUUUAUGCGUACACUAAGCAAAGCCAUCAAAACAAGCUCAAUCGAAGGAAAGAAUUGGAAGAAAGAUCUACAACAGUUUCUCCUGCAGUACCGAGCUACGCCGCACUCGACUACCGGGAAGUCGCCGGCGGAGCUUUUGUUUGGUAGGAAAAUCAAAACUAAACUGCCUGCAGUGCUCGUGCCACCUCUCGAUGAUGCAGAAAUGCGUUCCAAAGACCGACAAGGGAAGAAGAAGAUGAAAACCUAUUCCGACCGUCGGAAUCACCACAAACCUAGCCGCGUUUGUGUAGGUGAUAUGGUAUUGAUAAAACAGAAGCGAAAGAAUAAGUUGUCCUCACGCUAUAAUCCUAAACCUGCACUUGUCACCAGGAAGAAAGGAACAUUAGUGACCGUACAGAAAACAGAUGGAUCAACACUAAGCAGAAAUUCCUCUCAUCUUAAGAAAGUUACAAAACGGGCAGCAGAGCAGUGGGCAAACAUUCCUAACGACAGUGGAGAGGAUGAUGAUGAUGAUGACGAUGGGAGCAACGAGAACAAUGUAGAACUUCAAAACGCAGGUCAGGAACAGCGAGGUCAAAACCAACGACCAGCAAGAGAAAGGCGGCGUCCGAACUAUCUUGGUGACUAUGUGAUGUAUUAA